GGAAAUGAGAUUGAAAAUGACAGCUCAGAAUAUUCCUGAGAAAGAACUAUCCUGUGACGUGGAAAUGGAAGGAUUUGCAAGGGAAGGUUCCCAUCUUUCCAUUCUAGGUAAUAAUAGGGACUGUAAGAACCGGGAGGGACAUUUGAGGCAGUCAGCUUUAACUCAGGAGAAACCAGGGACUCAGGAAACAAUUUGUGAAUAUUCUGGACUUGGGGAGCAUUUGAGUGCAAGCUCAGACCUUCUGCCAUCUAAGAGAAUUCCUACAAAUGGUUUUCAUAUACGUGACUCAGAUGUUGAAAGUUUGGAUUGCGACGCAGCUUUAUACAGUUGUCAGAAAAAUUAUGUAGCUAAGAGCACUAGUGACAGUGAUGCUUGCGGAAUGGCCUUCGACCAUUCUUUGGAAGUUUUUCAACUUGGAAGAGAUCAAACAAGAGAGGAACCCUAUAAAUAUCCUGAAAGUGUGAAGUCUUUCAACCAUUUUACACCUCUUGGUGAACCAAAAAUAGUGAAAAGGGGGAAGAAACUGUAUGAAGGUAAGGAUUUUGGGGACAUCUUUACCCUGAGUUCAUCUCUUAAUGAAAACAGGAGGAGUCACCUUGGAGAGAAACUGUAUAAGUGCAGUGAAUGUGGCAAAUGCUUCAAACGGAACUCUUCUCUUGUUUUGCAUCACCGAACACACACUGGAGAGAAACCUUAUACCUGUACUGAAUGUGGAAAAUCAUUCUCCAAGAACUACAACCUGAUUGUGCAUCAAAGAAUCCAUACAGGAGAGAAGCCCUAUAAAUGCAAUAAAUGUGGGAAAGCCUUCAGUGAUGGGUCAGCUCUCACACAACACCAGAGAAUUCACACUGGGGAAAAACCUUACGAAUGUCUAGAAUGUGGGAAAACCUUCAACCGAAAUUCAUCACUGAUUUUACAUCAAAGAACUCAUACAGGGGAAAAACCAUACAGAUGUAACGAGUGUGGGAAACCUUUCACCGACAUCUCCCACCUCACUGUGCAUCUCAGAAUCCACACUGGGGAGAAGCCCUAUGAAUGUAGCAAAUGUGGAAAGGCUUUCCGGGAUGGCUCGUACCUUACUCAGCAUGAGAGAACUCACACUGGCGAGAAGCCCUUUGAAUGUGUGGAGUGUGGGAAGUCCUUCAACAGAAACUCUCACCUCAUUGUGCAUCAAAAAAUUCACUCUGGGGAGAAACCCUAUGAAUGUAAAGAGUGUGGGAAGACUUUCAUUGAGAGUGCUUACCUCAUCAGGCACCAGAGGAUUCAUACUGGUGAAAAGCCCUAUGGCUGUAACCAGUGUCAGAAACUUUUCAGGAACAUUGCUGGCCUCAUCCGCCACCAGAGGACUCAUACUGGUGAGAAGCCCUACGAGUGUAAUCAGUGUGGCAAAGCUUUCAGGGACAGCUCAUGUCUGACCAAGCACCAGAGAAUUCACACAAAGGAGACCCCAUACCAGUGUCCUGAAUGUGGAAAGUCCUUCAAGCAGAACUCUCAUCUGGCGGUGCAUCAGAGACUCCACAGCCGGGAGGGGCCCAGCCAGUGUCCUCAGUGUGGGAAAACGUUCAGAAGGAGCACGUCCCUCAUCCGACAUCAAAGAAAACACUCUGGAGAGCAACCCAUGGAAAUAUGAUUGUGGGCCACAUUCAUCUACUGACUUGCUCUCGAGAAGCCAUGUGAAGGAGGAAUGACUUCAGAGAUGACUUUUCCCUGUCAGAAAAUAAUUUUUUAAGCUAUCUAGUGGAUUGACGAAUGUGAGGCAUUCCUUAGCCAUACUACUAAAUCUAUACAUUAAGGAACUCCUGGAGAAAAUACAGGCUGAUAGUAAAUGUGGAAGAGGCUUCAGGAACAUUCCAGCCAGAACCAAACAUAAUGGCACACACACUGGAAUAAAAUCUGUGGAUGUCAAGAGGUACUCCCCUGGAGAUGCAUCAGAGUGCUUUAACGAGAAGGAACCUGUGAAUGUGUUUGGUGUGUAGUCAGCAUGUGGAAUACUUUAAUGAGGAAUGUCUGCCUCGUGCAUAAGCAGACUCUUAACAGGAUCCAGUGUAAGCUGGCAGGAGCUCUUGCUGUCUGCUCUGAAUGAACAGAGGCGUUCUGGUGAUAGACCCCACACAGCAUUCCACCCGACGGCAACCACGGAAUGUCAGUUAGAUUUUGCUCUUGCCAUGUAUUUCUGUGUUACAGCCCUAUCAAGUGUUCAGGAUUUAUUUCAGAAGGGGCAAGUAGUUGAGGACAUUGCUUGUGAAUGAACAAUGGAAUUCUCCCUAUUAGGACUGAAGCGGGCUUGUACUGAGAUGGACCGGGUUGCCGCUGAGAAAUGUGAUGCAUCGCUUUAGCUGCGGAAAUAAAAAUGGAAUGAGUUCUUA